AUGGUGAAGACAAGUGGUGCGGCAGAGCGUCAUCAAGGCAGUGCUGAAGAUGAGGAACGCCGUGCUGGAACCUGGGCAAUGGUGAAGACAAGUGGUGCGGCAGAGCGUCAUCAAGGCAGUGCCGAAGGCAGUGCCGAAGAUGAGGAACGCCGUGCUGGAACCUGGGCAAUGGUGAAGACAAGUGGAUCUGAUGGAGACGAUUGA